UCUGCGCGGUGCGCCUCGCCGCUUCCCAUUACGUAAUUGACGUCGCCUGUCAGAAUCCAGGAAGUGGUUAGGUCGCUCUUGUUUGUGUCCCUGGCUCGCUGUUCUCCAUCUGUUUUUUCUGAUUUAAUAAAGCGCUUUCACGGGCCGAAAUGGCGACGUUUAUUUCAGUCCCGUUGAAAAAAUCGUCCGAAGUGGAUCUGGUGAAACCGCUGUCGAAAUUCGUAACGUCUACGUACCCGGCGAGCGAGGAUCAGGGAGAGUAUCUCCGCGCCGUGGAGGAGCUCAACAAGCUCCGCAAGAGCGCGCUGGGAAGGCCGCUAGACAAACACGAGAGCUCCCUGGAGAUUUUACUCAGAUAUUAUGAUCAGCUGUGUGCCGUCGAGCCCAAGUUUCCCUUUUCUGAAAACCAGCUCUGCUUAACCUUCACAUGGAAGGAUGCCUUUGAUAAAGGAUCUCUGUUUGGCGGCUCCGUCAAGCUCGCUCUGGCCAGUUUGGGCUAUGAGAAGACGUGUGUGUUGUUCAACGUGGCAGCUCUGGCCAGUCAGAUCGCCUCAGAGCAGAAUCUGGACAAUGACGAGGGACUGAAGACCUCUGCCAAAUACUAUCAGCUGGCCAGCGGGGCGUUUGGCCACAUCAAGGACACAGUGCUGUCUGCUCUGAACAGGGAGCCUACCAUGGACAUCUCCCCUGAGACUGUAGGCACCCUGAGCCUCAUCAUGCUGGCCCAGGCCCAGGAGGUCUUCUUUCUUAAAGCCACUUCAGAUAAGAUGAAAGACGCUGUCAUCGCUAAGCUGGCCAAUCAGGCGGCAGACUUCUACGGAGACGCCUUCAAGCAGUGCCAGUAUAAGGACAACCUCCCCAAGUAUUUUUAUUUUCAGGAAGUGCUUCCGGUGCUGGCGGCUAAGCACUGCAUCAUGCAAGCCAACGCCGAGCUGCAUCAGAGCAUCCUGGCCAAGCAGAAGAAGAGGUUCGGGGAGGAGAUUGCUCGUCUGCAGCACGCAGCAGAGCUGGUUAAGACUGUGGCAUCUCGUUACGACGAGUACGUGAGCGUUAAGGAUCUGACAGACAAGAUCAACCGAUGCCUCACAGCAGCUAAGAAAGACAACGACUUUAUCUACCACGACCGGGUGCCCGAAGUCAAAGACCUCGAGCACAUCGGCAAAGCAGCGCUGGUCAAACCAACCGCCAUCACACCCCCACUCAGUCAGAAAUUUUCAGACUUGUUUGAGAAGAUGGUUCCAAUGGCCGUGCAGCAGUCCAUGAGCAUUUACAGCCAGAGGAAGGCCGAGACCGUUAACAGACUGGUGGGAACCAUGAGGGAGGCGACUAAUCUCUGCAACGGGGUGUUGGCGUCUCUAAACCUGCCAGCUGCUCUGGAGGAUCUGUCAGGAGACUCCAUCCCACAAUCCAUUGCUGAGAAGGCCAGGAACGUCGUGCAGCACGGAGGACUGCAGAGCAUCGAGCAGCUCAUCAAAGACCUGCCCGAGCUGUUGACCCGCAACAGAGAGAUCCUGGAUGAGUCUCUGAAGAUGCUGGACGAUGAAGAGACGACCGACAACGAGCUGAGGACCAAGUUCAGCCAGCGCUGGAGCAGAACUCCCUCUGGAGACCUCUACAAGCCUCUUCGAACCGAGGGCGCUAACUUCCGCAACAUCUUGGACAAGGCAGUGCAGGCCGACCAGGUGGUGAGGGACCGCUACAACACCCACUGUGCCAUGAUCGCCCUGCUGUGUAAACCAGAGAACGAGCUCAACGCCGCCAUCCCCUCUGCCAACCCGACCAAGACACUACAGGGCAGCGAGGUAGUGAACGUGCUGCGCUCUCUGCUCGCUCAGCUGGAGGAGGUAAAGAAAGAGAGGGAGACUAUGGAGGGAGAGAUCAAGGCCGUGACCUUUGACAUGUCCAUCACCUUCCUGACGGCGCUGGCUCAGGAUGGAGCCAUCAAUGAGGAGCAGCUGUCGCUGGGCCAGCUCGACCAGCUGUACGGCAGCUACAACCAGAGAGUGCAGGCCAGCCUCCGCACACAGGAAGAGCUGCUGGGAAAAGUUCAGACGUCCCACCAGGAGUUCAGCAGCCUGAAGCAGUCCAAUGCAGACUCCAACCAGAGGGAGGAGGUCCUCAAGAAGCUGGCCUCGGCCCACGACAGCUACAUGGAGAUCAGCAACAACCUGCGCGAGGGCACCAAGUUCUACAACGACCUGACAGAAAUCCUGCUCAAGUUCCAGAACAAAUGCAGCGACAUCGUUUUCGCCCGCAAGACGGAGCGCGAUGAACUCCUCAAGGACCUGCAGCAGAGCAUCGCUCGAGAGCCCAGCGCUCCAACCUUCAACGUUCCCGCCUAUCAGAGCACUCCCGCUGCCCCCUCCGGCCCCGCCGCCCCGGCUCCUGGUCCGACCCCUGCACCAAGAACCGUCUUUCCUGUGCAGCCUCAACAACCCGAGUCAAAGCCCCAGCCCCCAGCCAGGCCACCUCCACCAAGCGUGACCCCUCAGGCAGCCUCCACCACACCCGCCAGCUCACAACCUGCCGCCGUUCCCACUAACAACCCACCACCCAUGGCACCCCAGGCCCAGGGACCACCUUACCCCACCUACCAAGGCUACCCUGGGUACUACCAGAUGCCUAUGGGCUACAAUCCUUAUGCUUACGGCCAGUACAACAUGCCCAACAUGCCCAACAUGCCCUACAUGCCCUACCAGACUCCGGGUCAGGGAGGAUACCCAGGAACUGCUCCAGCAGGACAGCCCUACCCAGGCUACCCCCAACAACCCCCUCAGCAACAGCCCUACUACCCUCAGCAAUAACUCGCCUCCUCAUCCCCGUAUUCCUCACAUGUUAACACCAAAUUUAAAAAAAACAUCCCCAGCAAUAACACUUCAAUCCCAUGGGCUCCUCCGCUCGUAUUACACUUUGUUUUCUCCUCCUGACAGCGGCUGUGUGAAGGUGGAGCUGCUGAAAAGCCUUUAACACUUUUCUGUAACUCAUCUUUCUUUUUGUUAAGCUCAUGUUUUUCUGGAUCCUGGCAGCACUUUUCCCUGAAACUGUUUCAGCUUUCAUCAGUGCACUAACACCUCCUCCUCCUCCUCCUCCUCUUUUUUUUUUUUUUUUUUUUUUUUUUAAUGUACUCAUUUUCUAAAAGUUUUGUUGAUUAAAUUAAACCCUUAACCUCUUUCCGAUGAUAACUGACUCUUUGACUGAGGUGGACUGCUGUAACAACACUCAUCGAGGCGCACAGAGCGGCUCUUCGUUUCCUCGCUGGAGACUGUGCAUCUGUAUUGACUCAAUCAAACCUCCCAGCGCAUCUAUAUUAACUAUAUUGCUAUUUUUGUAAUGAAUACUGAUGCUUCUCUGAUGUAUAAAUCUAUUAAAAAAAAAAACAACCCAGAAAAACGAAUGGCCGGUAGGUUUUCUAAUGUAGAUGACUGUUUUUGUUUCUCUUUCACUCUUUCCUCUCGCUCUCUCACCCCGGGAAUGUGGGUUUAUUUCCGUGUUACAAUCAAGAGGCUGUACAAUUGGGAGAAAUGGCUCUACUAUAUAAAUAUAUGUAUAAAUAAGACUCUGUAUGUGAUUAACCGAGACACUCUGUGUGCGCCACUCCUGCUCUUUGUGUUUUUGUUUUUAUCCAUCACCUUCGAGAUUAAAAACAACAGCAGCCAGACGCCAUUUGUCCGUC